AGCAACACAUAAUUAAAAAGGCUAAUCAAAAUUUUCUUUAACUCAGUCUCGAUCGGUGAUCACGAUGUCCAAAGGGCGGUUGAAUACUUCUUCAUUUGACAUCAUCAGUUUCAGACUUGAGAUUUGGCUAUAUACAGCUGGAGUUGGCUAGUAGUAUAAACAUUCGUAAAAAAAAAAAAAAAGAAAGCUUUCAAUUUCGAAAAAUGGAGAGAAUAAACACGAAGUGGGUAGCAGCAGCAGCGAGCAUAUGGAUUCAAAGCUUCAGCGGAGCUACAUACACAUUCGCUAUAUACUCUUCUAUCCUUAAAUCAUCUCAAUCUUAUGACCAAUCUACUCUUGAUUUCGUUUCUGUCUUCAAAGACAUUGGUGGUACCUUUGGUAUCAUCUCCGGAUACCUUUACACGACCAUGACUUCUAAGCUACACGGUCGUGGUGGUCCUUGGGUUGUGGUUUUCGUUGGGUUGGUUCAGUGGUUUAUUGGGUUCUUUUUUAUCUGGGCUUCGGUUGUUGGGUUGAUUGCACCACCGCCUGUGCCGCUCAUGUGUUUGUUCGUGUUCUUGGCUGGUCACUCGUUGCCGUUUUUUAAUACGGCUAAUGUUGUCACGGCUGCUCGGAACUUUUCUCAUUACGGUGGGACUGCUGUUGGCAUUAUGCAGGGAUUUCUAGGACUAAGUGGAGCAAUUUUGAUUCAGUUGUACCACGCGGUCUGCGGGGGCGAAGGUAACCCUGCUACUUUCAUUCUUCUCCUGGCUGUAGUACCAACGUUUGUCAUCUUCUUGACUAUGCCAUUUGUAAGAGUGUAUGAAACGGUGACCACGAGUGAGAAGAAACACUUGAAUGGUCUCUCUGUGAUCUCUUUGAUCAUAGCCGCCUAUCUCAUGGUCAUUAUAACGGUUGAAAAUGUUCUCGGUUUAUCACGGUCAAUGCAGAUUUUCUCCUUCAUCCUUGUGCUCUUUUUGCUGGCCUCUCCUCUCUUGGUUGCGGUGAGAGCCCUACGCGAAGAAACUCAGACACUUUCUCCUCUGGAUCGUCCUCCUGUUCUCGACACAUCUGCCUUGCUCGACCCUAGUUUGAAAAAAUUCCUGGAUGGAGAUCAUGUUGUUGUUGAAGACUCAAACAUACUGGAAGCAAUGAGCACAGUGAACUUUUGGCUACUCUUCGUGGCAAUGCUAUGUGGGAUGGGUUCCGGAUUCGCGACUAUAAACAACAUGAGACAGAUAGGUGAGUCUCUUCACUACUCCCCGGUUCAACUCAAUUCUCUGGUCUCUCUCUGGAGCAUAUGGAACUUUCUAGGCCGGUUCGGGGCAGGUUUUGUCUCAGACAUAUUCUUACACAAACAUAGCUGGCCAAGACCUGUCUUCAUGGCCAUAACUCUAGGUAUUAUGGCUGUAGGCCACAUCGUAGUGGCCUCUGGUUUACAAGGAAGUCUCUAUUUUGGUUCAGUUUUGAUCGGUAUGGCUUACGGUUCGCAAUGGUCGCUCAUGCCAACAAUCACGUCAGAGAUAUUUGGGAUCCGGCAUAUGGGAACGAUUUACUUCACGAUCUCGAUUGCAGGCCCCAUCGGGUCGUACUUACUCUCUGUGAAAGUGAUAGGUUACUUCUAUGACAAGGUGGCUUCUGAGGAUGACAAUUCUUGCUUUGGAAGUCAAUGUUUCAGGACAUCGUUUAUGAUCAUGGCUUCUGUGGCUGUCUUCGGCUCUUUGGUUGCUUCUGUAUUGUUCUUCCGCACAAGCAAGUUUUACAAAAGACUUGUAGCCAAGAGGAACUCCAAGUGAGCUUGCAAAUUACAUAUUGUCAAUAUCUGUAAUUUAAAGUUUGAUCCGUGGAGAGAGACUCACAGAAGAUUGAAAUAACCUAUUGGUUGAUCGAAACUCACUACAUAACUCUUAUGUAAUUGUGCCAUGUCUUUGUAAAGCAAAAGUAUAUCUUUGUGUGUGCGUGUGUGUAAGGGAGAUUUUGUUUAAGGACUCUCAAAAUGGAACAUUUAUGAAUCUAGACCAUGUUGGUCGGAUUAACCGGUUGAACCGAAA